GUACCGGCGAUGGGGCGAGGGAGUUCUUUAUUGAGACGAAAAUGCCCUCGAAAAAGUCUGAAAUUCCUCGGUCCUUGUCGUGUGGACAGGGGGCAUUUCCGGCAAUUCUUCCUUUCCCGAGGGAUAUUUUUUUUCUUUCACUGCCCUUCCGUGUCGACAUGGGAGCCCUGGUCUUUCUUAGCGCUCUCUUUCUCUCUCUAGUCUAGAGCUCAGAGAGAGAGAGAGAGAGAGAGACGGGUUUCUCCUUCUCUUGCGCUCAACGAAGGGAAAGGAGGAAGAAUUUCUUCAGCAAAGUCAGGAUGUACAAAUGCAGCAUUUGAUGAACGGAUCCGUCGGUUUUCUAUCUAUAUGUUCGUACUUAUGUAGCAAAUCUUGGUCACCUGUUGAUGCCUGUUGUUCUUGAGAAGGUUAUGAUGCAUGAUUUGGAUACAACUUUUUGAUCUGAACCACCAUUGGGUGCUGUGGGCCAAACUAAGAGUCAUCAGCAAAUUGAUUUCCCCCUUUUUUUGGUGUAAUGUGUUCAAGAUUCAUCAGGUGAAAUGAUGCUGGUAGCAAAGCAGUACCGCUGUACACACUCAUCAACAUGUAUAUGUAUGAAAGGUCAUCUGAGUGAGGAUGCAAUUUUUCUUGUGUUUCAACACCUAAAUUGGAACCCCAGAUUCAUUGCGACAAUGUCAUGUGUUUGCAAAUGGUUUGAUGAGAUUGCUAAGCGGGUUUUGUGGAAGGAGUUUUGCCGAACAAGGGCUCCAAAGAUGAUGCUAGAUUUGCAAUCCAGUGGAAGCCACAGUGUUGAUGGAAACUGGAAAGCACUUGGGAAGCUUCUGAUUUAUUGCUCAGGAUGCAGCAAGGGGGGUCUAUUUAAUGCCAUCCAUAUCCCAGGUCACUUUGUUUACAGGACUCGGUUUUCUAGGACUUCGGGAAAAAGUUUUCUUAUUCCACAAUGCAGAACAGAUGUGUUGUAUGUAUCAGACCCUUGUGAACAUCUUGAUCAGGGAGAGGAGGGUGAUGUGGGCUUUUUCCGUGGUGUCUUCAGGUCAUUCUCUGUUUCAAGAGUUAGGAAAAUGCUCAUUGACAGGCAGGCCAAGUUUCAUCCCACAGAGGUGUGUCCAUACUGUAAAGCAAAGCUGUGGAGCAUGCUGCAGGCAAACAUGAUACCAAGAAGUGCGGCGUGGAGGUUAGGUGCUUAUGAUGAUUGCAUCGAGUAUUAUGUAUGCCUCAAUGGGCAUAUGCUUGGAAUAUGCACUCUCUUACCCCUCUCGGAUUCUGAGGAGGCAUCGGAGUUGGACUGAUGCUCAGAAUUUGAUGCAGUUUACGUUUGGAGCCCUCAUGAGUUUGAUGGAUUUGAGCAGGAGGAUGAGACCCAUGGGACUUUAUUGAUGGCCAAGCUUGGAAACAAAGUUAGGAUUGGUAGUAUAUUUGUUUCUUUAACUGGUGAUGAACAGGGAGCAAACCGGGGGAACAAGCAAGGUGAGGUAUUCUUGCCAUGCAAGUGCUGAUAUAUAUUGUAAAGCUUGUGGAUGAAGGAAGGGAUCCCUCUUCUCCAUUGUGCUAGGUUUCAGCUUCUGCCUUUAUGCUGUUGGCUUUUGCCUUGGCUAAAAGAAAUAUAGUUUUAAGGCUGAGAAGUAUGCUUUUUUUACGUUUCUCAUCUUUUGCUUUUAGAGAACAUUGUUAAAAGCUGAGGGUGAAUAUGCUUGUUGGUGUUUAAUUCUUCUUGCUCUAUUUGCUCCCUUGCCACAACCCUGUCACCCAAAAAAGAGAAAGGUAUGUUGUCUGUGGAAUAUAUAAAAAGAAUUACAAGCAUUUCUUUCA